AUGGCUUUGACAGUGAAAUACAUUACAAAAAGAUUCAUCAUGGAGUAUGAUCCAUAUAUAGAGGGUAUUUAUACUAAACACGAAGAUGUCGAUGGACAGGAGUUCAUUGUAAACGUAAUGGACACGUAUGAAAAGGAUGAUUUUUCAAACAGUCAGAGAUAUUUGAGAUGGCGGACCGCUUUUAUUGUUGUGUUGCUUGACAGUAUAACAGAUAGAUCUAGUUUUGAGAGUAGCUCGGCACGUACCUGCAGAAAGUCUCUGAAACAUUUACGUAUCUCCAACAAAGAUUGCCGC